CUUCCCAUCACGAUAUUGGUUGUCCACACACACAUUGACCGUCGGGUGGGAAGUGUUCCCUUGGUUGGUACAUUGACAGACAAGUUAAAAGGCGCACGUGGAAAGUUCAUGAACGUGCCCACAUUGACUAAUGCCAUCUCUAGACUCAAGGCUGCCAAUAUAACGGGAAACGUGCGAGUGCUGUUGUCGUUCACGAUGAUCGUUGGACAUUUCCAUCUGAACCAUAGCUUCAGUCUGCCCGCUCGACCCUCCAGCAACUGGGAAGCGAUGUCGUGGACCAUGGAUGGUUUUCAAAAGACAUGCAAGAACAACGCGACUUUUGAUGUUGUCGGGGACGGAACUCUGCGAUACAAGGGAAUAAAGGGCACGGAAAUCUUUUGUUUUGAAGACAGUUCUACGAUCACGGAGAAGGUGAAGCGAGUGAACCUGGACAACAAGAUAUUGCGAAGCUGGGCCGUUUUCGACGCGGAGUUUGAAGACUACAAGAACGUUUGCGGCAAAGGAGCUUUUCACAGAAUCUCCGAACUGAGAAAACUUCUUCAGACGCUUUCUUAGUUUCUCAGACGAAGGUUCGAAUAUUUUCAAAGCGUGAAGUCUAUCUCUUGAGAGGAGCGCUAAUGCUUAGGCCAUUGCGAAGUGCGUAUUUGUACUUGCGAAUGUUUAAAAAAAAAGUUAAAUCGUGUUUAUGCGUCAGCCCAAAUAGCUAUAGUUUAGAAACAGUCCUUUGGACUCUGGUUCAAGUGAGAACAUUUUAGUAAACGGCUUUCGCUAUUAAGUACAUGUGUAGGUACAUAACUGCUAGUCAUGCUGGAUGCGUUUCUCUCCCUUUCGUUUUUCCGGCUUUCUUUUUUUUUUCUCUUCACGUUG